AUGGGCAAGUACGCAGUCGUCAUCGGUGUCAACUACACCAAGAAUCCCGAGGCCGCUUUGCAAGGCUGCUGCAACGAUGCCCGUCUCAUGGUCAACCUUCUCCAUUCCAAGGGCUUUGAGGACGAGGACAUCAAGCUCCUAGUCGACGAUGAUGACAGCAAUGACUCCCCCAACCAUGUCAACGUCAAGAAGGCCCUGGACUGGCUCUGCACCGGCCGAUCGGAAGGUGACACAAUCUUCAUGCACUUUUCUGGCCACGGCACCCAAGUCCCUGCCGACGACGACGAUGUUGAGGAGGACAAGCUCGACGAGGCCAUCUGCCUGGAGGAGCUCUUCCUCAUGGCCGACGACGAUCUCAAGCAGUACUUUUCCCAGCUCCCCGAGGGCGUCCGUGCCACCGUCGUCAUGGACUGCUGCCACUCUGGAUCCAUGCUGGAUGGCCAGGAAGUCGCUAUCCAAGGUGCCAAGGACGAGGAUUCAGCAGUGCCGCCCCAGGAGAGCGACGACUUGGUCAACGUCCUCGGAGGCUCACGUGAGGCCGUGUCUAACCGCUCGCUCCCCAUCUCCACUAUCUGUAACGUCAUGUCGCAGAAGCUCGGCUCCCCCGUCUCUCCCACCGGCUCUGGCGUCAACGGCGCCAUGGCCCAGGUGUUUGGCGGCACGGCUGGCAAGCUCAUGAUGAAGUUUGCUCUGGGCCAGAUGGCGAAGCAGGAUGGCGGCUCAUCUAACCCGCUCGUCGGUAUGCUCGGCGGCAUGAUGGGAGGCAAAUCUACUUCCAGCAGCGGCAGCAACCCGCUCGCAGCCAUGAUGGGCGGAGGGUCUACUUCAUCCGGCAGCAACCCCCUAGCAGCCAUGAUGGGCGGCGGUGGGUCUACUACCAGCAGCAACCCGCUAGCAUCUAUGAUGGGCGGCGGUGAGUCUACUACCAGCAGCAACCCGCUAGCAUCUAUGAUGGGCGGCGGUGAGUCUACUACCAGCAGCAACCCGCUAGCAUCUAUGAUGGGCGGCGGUGGGUCUACGACCAGCAGCAACCCGCUGGCAUCCAUGAUGGGCGGCGGUGGGUCUACUACCAGCAGCAACCCGCUGGCAUCCAUGAUGGGUGGCGGUGGGUCUACCGAGCAGAAUGGAAACCCUAUGGGAUCACUGAUGGGAGCCCUGGGCGGUGGCAACGCUUCAUCAGGUGGGAGCAACCCUCUGGCGAGCAUGAUGGGCGGAGGCGCCACCGAGACAGAGACGGCCGCGCCUCAAUCUCAGAACCCCAUGGCCAUGCUGUCCGGACUGAUGGGAGGAAUGGGUCUAGGGGGACAAGAGGACAGUGGUGACGCACCAGCAUACAAUCCGGCACACCAGCCGAUGAGCAGGGACGUAUGCACGCUGAUCACGGGGUGCCAGGCGAGUGAGACGAGCGCGGAUGUGCGACCGGCCGGGGAAGAGGCGUUCGGGGCGCUGACGAAGACGCUGACUACGUUGUACGAGAAGAACCCGGAGACGACGUAUCACGACUUGGUUUCCAACGUCCGAUCGGAGCUGUCCAGGGGAGGAUUUAAACAGAACCCGUGCCUGGAGUGCAGCGAAACCAUGGCCCAUCAGCCGUUUAUUUGUUAG